AUGCCUCGCAAGUACGUGCGCAAAGUAGGGGCAAGCCCUCGAGCUGGAUGGACGGAAGAUGCCCUAAGAGAAGCUUUUGAAGAAAUGAGGCAGAAUAAGCACGGCUUGAAUGAAAUAUCUCGUCGUUAUGGAAUUCCUGCCAGGACCCUGAAAAGACGUUUCGUGAAACAAGAUACUAAGAAACUUACUUUAAGGAAACACCCCGCUCUAGACUUCGAUAACGAAAAACGCCUCGUCGCACACAUCCAAAAACUAGAAGCGGCUGGGUUUCCUGUGUCACGAGAUACGGUACGAAGUUUAGCGUUUCAAUUCGCUGAAAAGCUUGGGAUCGGACAUAAAUUUAAUAAGGAGACAGGUAAAGCUGGACCUCAUUGGCUUAAGUCCUUUUUAGAACGCCAACCUACGCUUAGCGUUCGGCAAGCUGAAGGUCUGUCCCUUGCUCGAGCGCAGGGACUUAAUCGUGAGGAAGUCCAAGGAAGGCCAAGAGUAGCUUCCGAAGAGACAGAUUCAUCUGGUACAAAUGAUUCUGAUGAAUCUUUCAAAGAAAAUGAAUCUCAUGUUGACGUAAAACAGAAAAAUGUAAAGAGAGCUAAGAAAUUAAAAAUAAAUGAAACUUCAAGUGUUAAUGUGAUUCAACGUCCCAUUCGUGCUGUUGAGAAAAAGCAACGGAUAACCAAAAACGCCAGUGAACGAAAGGCAAUCGCUUCUUCUGAGUCGGACUCUAAUGAAAAUUCGUCAAAUGAAUGGCAUCUAUCCCACAAGCCAAAUCAUCAUUAUGGCAUCUAA